AAAAAAGUUGAUGAUCAGUGCAGAUGUGUAUUGAAAUGUUUGGCCAGAAGGAUGUUCCGCCCCUCUUCUGUUUUCUUUAUAAAGACCUAAAGUGCCAAUGACUGCAUUUCAUCAGAACAGCAUCAGUGCUAAACUUGCAACAAUGAAAUCUUUGGCUCUGGUUUUGGUAUUUUGUGCCUGUGUUUCUUUAAGCGAUUCUGUCUGCUCCGUGACACCUCUAAAGCCAGGGGCGAAAUUUUGUGUCGAUGGCUAUGAUAACUCCAGGCAUCCAAUGGGAAUUACUUGGACAAACCCCAGAUGUCUGAGAUGUACCUGCUUCCCCGGGAAAAUGCGGUGCUGUCACAUGGUGCCCCGAGUGACUAACCUAUCUCUAGGCUGCAUUGUGAAGUAUGAUUACAAGAAAUGCACAUUUGAAGUGUUUAAUCGAACAAACCCCAAGAUUAAGUGUUCUUAUGGCACUGUUGAAAAAUAAUUUGUUGAGUAAUGUGUACUUUUUGGAUUAAAAUGGAUAUCAGCUGUUUUUGGAUCCAACUUGGACUACACUGUAAAAAACAUAUUGUGCCCAUUUUACUCAAUAAAAUGGAGGCAACUCUUUGCAUCAA